GAGUGGAGCCUCCUCCCCCUCCGCUGCGAGCGGCGCCCGGGCUGCCACAUCGGCAUCGCCGCUCCGAGAGCGCGUUUCGCAGAGCGGGAGACCAGAGCGCCGGGAGAUGGAGCUCCGCUGCUGCCGCCGCUGCCGCCCCCCGGGACUCGCGCUCCGCCAGGGCCGCCGCUGCCACUGCCGGGACGGAGAGCGCGGCGCUGCCGCUGCUGUCUAACUCAGGGGGGAGGCAGCUCGGAGGCCGCCGCGGACAGUCCGCUUGCCGGGCCCGCGCGGCGGCGGCGGCGAAGCGCGGCCCCCACCUCUCCGCCCGCCCCGCUGCCGCUUCUCCGCCCCCGCCCGGCCCUCGGCUGGGCUCCGCCGCCGGCAGCCGGGCCAUGGCGGGGCGAUGAGGGAGCAGCCGCCCCCGGCCGCUGGCUGCCUGCGGAGGCGGGAAGCGACGGGGCUGGGCGGCUCCGCCGCGGUAGAGCCGGGCGGCGGGGCGGGGGCAUGUGGGGCGCGGGGACGGCGGCGCUGCAGCUGCUCUCCCGGGCCGUGAAGCAGGCGGCGGCGCAGGGGGCCCGGCAGGACCUGGGCCGCUGGCUGUCCCGAGCCGCUGGGACAGCGGCAGGAGGCGGCGGCGGGGGUACUGUCGGCUUCGUCCCAGCAGAGGCAGCGGGGGCUGAGGGGCUGCUGCUCCGGCCAUACGUGGAGCAGGGCGGGCUGCCGCCGGCGGAGCUGCUGCUCUGCCAGCUGCCCGAGGAGGGCGGCGGCGGGUCCGGGCUGGCCGAGGCCCGGGGCUGGCGCUGCUCCUGCUGCCUCCUGGGCACCUGCUGGUGCAAGAGCUGCCUCAGCGUGUGCGUUCUGGCAGCCCUCUGCUUCGCCUCGCUGGCCCUGGUGCGCCAGUACCUGCGAGACCUGGUGCUCUGGGCCGAGAGCCUGGACAGCCUGGCAGGUGUGCUGCUCUUCACCGUGGGCUUCAUCAUCGUGUCCUUCCCCUGCGGCUGGGGCUACAUCCUUCUCAACGUGGCCGCCAGCUACCUCUAUGGCUUCUGGCUGGGCAUGGGGCUGAUGGUGCUCGGCGUCCUUGUGGGCACUUUUGUCGCCCAUGUGGCCUGCAAGCGGCUGUUGGCCCACUGGGCGAGGGCCAGGAUCCAGGGCAGCGAGACUCUCAGUGCCAUCGUCCGCGUCGUGGAGGGCGGCAGUGGCCUCAAGGUGGUGGCUCUGGCACGGCUGACCCCGAUCCCCUUUGGGCUGCAGAAUGCUGUCUUCGCGAUUACAGAUUUGUCACUACCCAACUACCUGAUGGCUUCCUCAGUUGGACUGCUUCCUACUCAGCUCCUGAACUCAUACUUGGGCACUACCUUGCGCACCAUGGAGGAUGUGAUUGCAGAACAAAGUGUUAGUGGCUAUUUUAUAUUCAGUUUACAGAUUAUCAUAAGCAUAGGACUCAUGUUUUAUGUCGUUCACCGAGCUCAAGUGGAACUGAAUGCAGCUAUUGUAGCGUGUGAAAUAGAAAUGAAGACCUCUCUUGCUAAAGACAGUCAACCAAGCAUCAGUGGUUCAACCACAUACUGCAACAAAAGGACAGUAGCAUUCUCUGGAGGAGGUGUCAAUAUUGUGUGAUUUCAAGUAUUAAUAGAGUAAGGUUUUGUGUACCUAAGCUAUUGCCUAGAAAUACCUAUGGACAAUUCAACUAGUUUAAAAAAAAAAAAAAACAAAACAGAAGAAGAAUUUACCAGUGGUUACAGGUUGUACUGUGGCACAAACCAACCGACCAGCUCUUCAGUUGCACAUGGGGUGACUUCUAGCAAGGAAAGAAAGAUGGCGAAGUAACUUAAGAUGUAAAUGCAAAUUUGGCUGCACCUUUGGUCAUUUACUAUGCCUGUCAUGGCCUGUAGUCUGCACUUUAGGUUUUUUUUUCCUUUGCUCCUGUAAACUGAAAAAUGCUUCUAUAAACUGAGAAAAGUAGCACAGAGGUAAAUAUUUUUCUGCUUAGCAUUAUUUAUAAGCCUGAAUAAUUAUAUGCAGUAGAAUUUUAUUACUGAUAAAGAUGAAUGAGAAAGUAUGCAAUUCAGUGUAUGUUAUUCUUGAAUAUGCUUUUGCAUUGGAAUUGCUUCCAGAACUUGGAGUGUAUUAUUUAGCUAAUGAUGGGACCAUUUGGCUUUUCCUUCAUUUUUGGGUCAAAAAACCCCCAAAACAAAACAAAAUCCCUAUACAAAGUUUUGAUUGAAUGUAUUUUUGUAAGUCAUUGAAAAUGUCGCAGAACCAUGCAUACAUAUUCAUACAAGCUUAAAUCCUACAUUGUGGGACUGAAGUGCUCUUAAAUAACAUUUUAAGUUACACUGUGUAAUAUGCAAAGUAAAAGGGAAAAUAUAGAAGUUAUAAUAGAUUGCAGUGACUAACUGAAGGAAACUUCAUGACCUAACUGUUGCAUUGGUUUUGCCACUUUGGUGAUUGUAACAAAGGGCUGUUCCAUGUUAGUCCUGUUUGCAGUAUUUUUAAUUGUUAAACAGAGGGAGUUUUUCAACUCUAAUGACUGCUCAUAAUAGUGCUUCCAGAACAGGAAGCUAAAUCCCUCCUUUAAACAGAAUGAUGGGAUACUGGCAGUACUUAUUUUACAUGUAGGUGGCCUUUAUUUUGUAAGUGAAUCCCCCUUCUCCUUUGUAAGUGAAUCCUUCGUCAUUCCCUCCUCCCCCCCCC